CUCGUAGCACUGGUAGCUUCGCUGGGGAAUGGAAGUUGUCCUCGCUCUUCGAAGGCAUCAUCGCAGGAGCUGCUGCAACGUCAGCUUGCCUUGAUUGACGCCGAGAAGAGACAGCGCUGCGGGCCGCACUACUGCGAUGUGAGAGAGGAGCGCUGCGUGGGACUCGUCAUGCUCACAUCGUCACACUGUAUGCGCUUCGCAAAUGCAGGUCGUCAAGUGGUACAAGGAGCACGGCUUCGAAGCUAUCCCCAUCCACCCCAAGGAGAGCAGUGUGGAGGAGAUCGGCACAGUGGCCUCAGUAUUCGACCUGGCAGAGGCAAAAGAGACGAGCCUAUCCGUCAUCACACCGCCCAAGGUCAGCCUGCCCAUUGUCAAGACUAGUCUCCUCGAGCUCGGCAUACCAUGGAUCUGGCUGCAACCAGGUGCAGAGGAUGACGACCUGAAGGACUGGGUCGAAUCCCUCCCCGACGAAGACCUUAAGAAGCGAGUCAUCUACGGUGGGCCGUGCAUCCUCGUCGAGGGCGAAGACCUCGCCAAGGAGGAGGGCAAGCUGUAAGAGCGUGCUGCGCGCCUCUCGUCGUCGAUGUAUGCUGCUCGGUUCGCGCUUCUGCGAAUCCCAUACCAUACCAUACCUCGGUGGACAGACUAAUAGUCGCGCGCUCAUCUAUCGGCGUGAACGCGCCCCGCCUAUGACGUUGCUGAGCGGUGAGAUGGAGAGAGGACUGACGCUCAGACCCCUUGCUCCCACGCGCGUGCGGCGAUCAGGCUGCGAGAUGGAGAUGGCGCACGGAGCUCGUGAAGAUAUUGCACGUCUCGAGUGGGGUAGUCUGAAAACGGCGUCACAGGGGGCUGCCACUGAACGCCGCUUUACUCGCCAGCGAUGAGUAGGU